AUGCCAGAAUCUGCAGAGCCAGAGAGUAUCGCAGAUAUUGUAGAGGUCGUAUACGAGCAAUGUUGGACAGAGUUCUACCAAUGGGAGCCAGAAUACUGCAAGCAACGCUUGAAAGAUCUCCGCGAGUCUCAACCUGCUCGAGAUUGGUUUGAGGAUUGGAGCGAGACCGAGGAUUGGGAUCCCAAUGAUAUCGCCUCGAGUGAACCUAUCUACUCAAGCUACCAAUCAGCCAGGAUUGAGAUAGCCUCAGUUUCUAUCGGGGUACAGCAUAAUGGAUCGUCUGAACCGACGACGACUAUGGCCCCUAUGGUCAAAAUCAGCACAAAUUUUCCUUCA